CAUCAUCGUCUCAGUUUCUGAAUCUCAGUCUCUCUCGCUUCUCCGGUGGUCUCUUCACCUCCUUCUUCCACAUGGAGAGUGGAACUAGCUCGAGUGGCAAGAAAGCAAUGGUGGAAAAUCUGAAGCGGUACGGUGUGAUAUCAUCGAAGAGAGUAGCUCAAGUUAUGGAAGCUUUAGAUAGAGGUCUCUUUGUACCAGUUGGAUCUUCAGCUUAUGUUGAUAGUCCUGUACCUAUAGGUUAUAAUGCUACCAUUUCUGCUCCGCAUAUGCAUGCCACUUGCUUGCAGCUUUUGGAAGAUAAGCUCCAGCCCGGGAUGCGUGCUUUGGAUGUUGGUUCAGGAACCGGGUAUUUGACUGGCUGUUUUGCUUUGAUGGUUGGAGCUGAAGGACGCGUUGUUGGUGUGGAUCAUAUCCCUGAAUUGGUUGAUAUGUCAAUCAAGAAUAUUGAGAAGAGUGUCGCUGCUUCCUUGCUUAAGAAUGGAUCUCUCUCCCUACAUGUCGGUGAUGGAAGAAAAGGUUGGCAAGAGUUUGCACCGUAUGAUGCAAUACACGUAGGAGCAGCGGCAUCAGAAAUCCCGCAGCCCCUUCUGGAUCAGCUAAAACCUGGUGGGCGAAUGGUGAUUCCACUAGGAACAUAUUUUCAAGAGCUCAAGGUAAUCGACAAAAACAGAGAUGGUUCCAUCAAGGUACAUACCGAAACUUCGGUCAGGUAUGUGCCCCUCACUAGCCGCGAUGAACAGAUAGGAGGAUUUUGACAACAACAACGAGAAAACUCUACAUCCCACGUCUUAGUGUACAUAUAAAGGUUGUGUAAUGUUCUGUAAUAUGUUUUGAUGGGUAAUAAAGAAUGUUUACAAAA